GCUGUCCUUGAACUCAGUGUGUCCACGGUGUAGAUCAGAAGUAAAAAUAAUUUAUUUACUUACUUGUUGAAGGAAGGAGCUCACCAAGGCAACUGUCCCUAUAGUCUGAGAAGUUCAUUAAGUGGCACUUGAAACGUCCUACACUGACUCUUUCUUCCCAGCAAGCCCUCCAGCCUCUUUACUUCUCCGACGACUCCCAGACCUUGGAUGGGUAUGCUCACUGGGACCCAUAGGAGAAAUGCACCAGGAGACUGGAGCUUUUUCUUUUCUCCUUGUGUUCCUGGGUACCAUUAGUUUCCAGUUCCUGGCUCCUAAAACGAAUUUAUUUAUGUGAAGAAGGGGAAGGUUGCCAGAAUUGAUUUUUUUCCCUUUUACCAGUGGGUCCUUGGGAUUGGCCUUAAGUCAUCAGGCUUGGUUGCAAGUGCCUUUACCUGGUGAGCUAUUAUUCUCCAUGAAGCCCCACUCUCUGGAUUCAUACACCCUCUUCCCCAGCUGUUGUCAUGUCCUAUAAGACAGUGACAGAGAAAGCCAGAGAAAUGAGUUGCUUUAUUUUGAACACUAAAAUUAUAUUUAAAGCUGUGCUUGGGGGGGCUCAGGCCUGCAUUCCCAGAACAGAGAUGUAGAGACAUAGAGAUAGAGAGUUCAAGGUAAGGGCUGGGAAGAUGGCCCAGUGGGUGAGAGUGCUUGCCUUACCAGCCUAAUGACCUGAGUUCAAUCUGCAGAACCCAUGUAAAAAGGUGGAUGCAGUGGCCAUACCUGUAAUUCUGCCACUCCUAUGGCAAGGUAGGAGGUGAAGAUGGACGGAUCGCCCCGAAGCACCAGUUAACCUGGAGUACUCUGAGGAGCAGAAACAUGAGGAGAGACCCUGCCCUCAAGAAGUCUUGUGGGAGCACCCUGCUGCUUUGAGCACUGACAGUGCAUCAUUUGGGUGUUAAGAUCACCGUCAUUUAUGUCCACGAAUGACCUGGAUUGUCUUCCUUGGACUGCCUGUUUCUGAUUGGCUACCUCAUGAUGAGUCUAUUCUGAGCCCGGGUAUUUUCCAGACCCUUGUCUCUUCGCCUUAAAUCUGCUUCCUGCCUCCACCUUCCAGGUGCAGUCAGUAUCCUUGGGCUGCAGGAAUCCUUCCUUGCAACACAUCUCGGGUGGACAGUUUGUUUGCUGUUCUGGAAAAGCUAAACAGUGGGUGAUCCGUUGACUUCAUUGACUUCAUAGGAAAACAGCAUUAUUUUGAAACGAGGCUGGGCUUGGUUUCCUGUGUCAGUGACCUGUGUAGAGGGAACACACCGAGUCUCUGCCUGGAUUUUGGAGUCAUAGUCUGGCUACAGCUUACGCUGACCCCACAUUAGCAGAGCAGCUGAGGAGGAAUGACAACAUGUCUGUAGGCAGGCUGUGGUCUGGCCUGCUGCUCCUGCUGCUCUUUUUCUGCUCUAGAAGUUCAUCUUGUGGUCUCUCAACACAUGUAGAAAUAGGACACAGGGCUCUGCAGUUCCUUCAGCUUCAAGAUGGACGCAUUAACUACAAAGAGCUGCUCUUAGAACACCAGGAUGCAUAUCAGGCAGGGACGGUGUUUCCUGAUGCCUUUUACCCUAGCAUCUGCAAACAAGGAAAAUUCCACGAAGUGUCUGAGAGUACUCACUGGACUCCAUUUCUUAAUGCCAGCAUCCAUUAUAUUCGGGAGAACUACCCUCUGCCCUGGGAGAAGGACACAGAGAAGUUGGUGGCUUUCUUGUUUGGAGUCACCUCCCACAUGGUCGCUGAUGUCAGCUGGCACAGCCUGGGUAUUGAACAAGGGUUCCUCAGGACAAUGGGAGCUAUUGAUUUUUACGACUCUUAUUCUGAGGCUCAUUCGGCUGGUGAUUUUGGAGGAGAUGUGUUGAGCCAGUUUGAAUUUAAUUUUAAUUACCUCUCACGGCGCUGGUACGUGCCCAUCCAAGAUCUUCUGAGAAUUUACGAUAAUCUCUACGGUCGGAAAGUCAUCACCAAGAAUGUCAUUGUUGACUGCACAUACCUUCAGUUCCUGGAAAUGCACGGGGAGAUGCUAGCUGUUUCCAAGCUCUAUUCCACAUACUCUACGAAGUCCCCAUUUCUGGUGGAACAGUUCCAAGACUAUUUCCUCGGAGGCCUAGAUGACAUGGCCUUCUGGUCCACGAACAUUUACCGUUUGACCAGCUUUAUGCUGGAGAACGGGACCAGUGACUGCAACCUGCCUGAGAACCCUCUGUUCAUCGCCUGUGAUGGUAGGAAGAACCACACCCUCAGCAGCUCAAAAGUGCAGAAAAGUGAUUUUCACAGGAAUUUGACCAUGUUUAUAAGUAAAGACAUCAGGAAAAACCUCAACUACACAGAAAGAGGCGUGUUCUACAGCACAGGCUCCUGGGCCCCGGAAUCCGUAACCUUUAUGUACCAGACUCUGGAGAGGAACCUGAGGAUGAUGUUUACUGGCAACUCUCAGACAGCUCUGAAGCAUAUCUCCAGUCCCUCUGCCUCCUACACCCUGUCUGUCCCCUAUGCCAGGCUCGGCUGGGUCAUGACCUCAGCUGACCUCAACCAGGAUGGGCACGGCGACCUCGUGGUGGGUGCACCAGGCUACAGCCACCCUGGCCGCUUCCAGAUCGGGCGGGUGUACAUCAUCUAUGGCAAUGAUUUGGGCCUGCCCCCCAUCGACCUGGACUUAGACAAGGAGGCUCAUGGGAUCCUGGAGGGCUUCCAGCCUUCAGGUCGCUUUGGCUCAGCUUUGGCAGUGCUGGACUUCAACAAGGAUGGGCUGCCUGAUCUGGCUGUGGGUGCUCCCUCCGUGGGCUCAGGGCAGCUCACCUACAAUGGCUCUGUGUAUGUCUACUAUGGUUCCCAGCAAGGGAGGUUGUCUUCUUCCCCUAACAUCACCAUCUCCUGCAAGGACACCUACUGUAAUUUGGGCUGGGCUCUCUUGGCAGCAGACGCAGAUGGAGAUGGCCAGCAUGAUCUGGUGAUCAGCUCACCUUUUGCACCAGGUGGAGGGAAGCAGAGAGGAAUUGUGGCUGCCUUUUAUUCACAUCCCAGACAGAACGACAAAGAGUCACUGACUUUGGACGAAGCUGACUGGAAGGUGAACGGGGAGGAGGACUUCUCGUGGUUUGGAUACUCCCUUCAUGGGGUCACAGUGGCAAACAGAAGCCUGCUGCUGAUUGGGAGCCCGACCUGGAAGAAUAUCAGCAGGAUGGCACGCUCGAGCCACCAAAAGAACCAAGAGAAAAAGAGCCUGGGAAGGGUGUAUGGCUACUUCCCCCCAAACCGGCAGAGGGAAAUCACUAUCUCGGGAGAUAAGGCGAUGGGAAAGCUGGGUACAUCCCUGUCCAGUGGUUAUGUGAGGGUGAAUGGCACCCUAACCCAAGUCCUGCUGGUUGGAGCCCCUACUCAUGAUGACGUGUCUAAAAUGGCAUUCCUAACCAUGACCCUGCACCAGGGUGGAGCCACUCGGAUGUACGAGCUAGCCCCUGAGAAGACACAGCCUGCUCUGCUCAGCACCUUCAGCGGAGACCGACGUUUUUCUCGAUUUGGUAGUGUUCUACACCUGACAGACCUGGAUGACGAUGGCUUAGAUGAAAUCAUCAUGGCUGCCCCACUGAGGAUAACAGAUGUCACUUCUGGACUGCUUGGGGGAGAAGAUGGGCGAGUGUACAUUUAUAAUGGCAUGCAUACCACCUUAGGUGAUGUGACAGGCAAAUGCAAGUCCUGGAUGACUCCAUGUCCAGAGGAGAAGGCCCAGUAUGUGCUAAUUUCUCCAGAGGCAAGUUCAAGGUUUGGGAGCUCACUGGUGUCUGUGCGGUCUAAGGAAAGGAACCAAGUGGUUGUUGCUGCUGGAAGGAGUUCUUGGGGAGCCCGGCUCUCUGGGGCACUUCACGUCUACAGCUUCAGCUCAGAUUGAAGAUGUCAUCUCCUAAUCAGCCCGUCUCUUCAGCAAGUCAUCUCCAUGAUGGCCAAAGUAGUUCUCCAGAGGAGCUCUGGUGAAACCUGACAGAGGCGGGGCUCCUGGACAGCCAGGCUACCUGGAAAUGCGGUCAGCUCUGUGUGGACACUGGAUGAGAGGGAGCAGCAGGCUUUGAGGGCAAGUCCCUCUAAAGUGCUUUUGAAUCCUCUGAGCUUGCUGCCUGUGCGUGGGACUUUAUCAACCCACCCCCUUUUCUGCAUUACCUGCCUCUCUAGUGUAGAAAGGGUGUAGUUAGCUCUUAACACUCUCCAUAUAAUUGUUCCUAUAAAAUCCUUCUUCGUGGUGGCUGGUCCUAUUUGGAUCUUAAAUGUACCCCAAAUCUAUGUUGAAGGCUUGGCCCUUAGCUUAAAGAAGGUAGGAACUGAAGUGGGUCUUUGUCGGAGGAAGUUAUGUUACUGGGGUGUAUCAGGACCCCAGGUCCUUCCUUGCCUCUCCGCUGCCAGUUGCUGUGAAAUGAGCAGCUCUCCUCCGCCAUGACAUACUGCUUCUUUCCCAGCCCCAAAGCAAAGGGCCAAGCACCCUGGAGCUGACUUGGCUGAAACUGAGCCAAAAUAAACAUUUCCUCUUUUUAGGCUGUUA